AGUACUAGUAUAUCUGAAAUGCUCUUUUGACAAAUGUCCCGCAUAGAAGUAUUUUUGACCCGCUAAAAGAAAAACCCCCAAAAACAAUUGCUUCCGGGCUUAACCCCACAGUAUCAGUACUCAUUUGAUUUGAAUUUUAAAGUAUUUGACGAAAUGCCUGAAUGAUUUUUGCUCUAAACCCAGUAGAUUCUUUCCCAUUUUCUUCACCAUUGAGUUACAAGAGUAGGCAUAGUUGAUUGAGGCUAUUCAGCCAUGACAAGCUCUUGGCAGAGGAAGGAGCUUCCCUUUCUCAUUCUCUAUGCCGUUGGGUUUUACUUUAUCAUCAUUCGUCGUUCUCUCCAAAUUUCUCACGAUCAUUACACCAAACUUUAUGGGCUUCGACCUGGCUGGAUCGCUGAUCGACUCAAUGAUGUAUCAGAUGCUCAGUGGAGAAAUUUUCGGGGCAACUUGCUGAUUCUUACCUUGGUUUUUGGAAUCUUCGCUCUAGUGGCUACUGCAUCUAGAUCAUAUGGCCUAAAAGCAAAGGGAAUGUCAAUCGUUUGGCUUUUACUGUCUAUGGCUUAUUUGUCAUAUCUCCAUGGAGCUUGCAUUGUGUACAUCUUGUCAAUUGCUUCAGCUAAUUAUCUUCUAGUUAAGGUAUGCGGAAGGACCAAAUAUGUCUUCCUGUUGUGGAUAUUUAAUCUUGCAUUUUUAAUAUGUAACCGUGUUUAUGGAGGAUAUCCAUUUUUCCUCUUUGGGCCAAAGUGGGCCUACUUGGACAAUUAUCGAGGCACAUUUAGGUGGCAUAUAUGCUUUAACUUUGUUGUCCUGCGAAUGAUUAGCUUUGGGUACGACUACCAUUGGGCAGGUCAUGAUAAUCGCUUUGACCUAGAGAAGCAUGUUCAGCGUUGCAAUAAUUGCUCAUCAGGAAAAACAUGCUACCGGCUAUUACAGGGAAGGAGUCUCAAAAGCGACACAUUCUCCUUUACUAUAUACUUGUGUUACCUGAUUUAUGCACCUCUUUAUAUUGCUGGACCAAUUAUUAGCUUCAAUGCAUUUGCUUCACAGUUGGAUACUCCUCAGAAAACAUACUCAGUACAAGAUGUAGUGUGGUAUGGACUACGCUGGAUUUUUAGCUUGAUGCUAAUGGAGACAAUGACACAUUUCUUUUAUUACAAUGCUUUCGCCAUCAGUGGAACAUGGAAAUACUUAUCUCCAUUGGACAUCUUCGUCAUUGGGUAUGGAGUAUUGAAUUUCAUGUGGCUCAAGUUUUUUCUGCUUUGGCGCUACUUCAGAUUCUGGUCACUGGUCAAUGGCAUUGAGGCUCCUGAGAAUAUGCCAAGGUGUUUAAAUAAUUGCUACAACUUGGAAAGUUUUUGGAAAAACUGGCAUGCCUCCUUUAACAAAUGGCUUGUUAGAUAUAUGUAUAUUCCUCUUGGAGGUACACAGAGAAAACUGCUAAAUGUGUGGGUCAUCUUCACGUUUGUUGCUAUAUGGCAUGAUUUGGAGUGGAAGCUUCUUUCUUGGGCAUGGUUGACAUGCAUAUUCUUUGUACCAGAAAUGAUGGUAAAAUCGGCAGCGAACGCUCUCAAGGUGGAGAGCUCUUUUGGCAAGUUCCUUUGCCGUGAACUUAGUGCUGUUGCUGGGGCUAUCACCAUCACUUGUCUCAUGGUGGCCAAUCUUGUUGGCUUUGUCAUCGGACCGUCCGGAAUCAACUGGUUUCUUUCUAGAUUUCUUCAGAAAGAAGGACUCCCGACACUUGGUGGCAUGUUUAUUACGUUUUACGUUGGCACUAAGCUGAUGUUCCAUAUAUCUGAAGCUAAGAAAAAUGCCCAUGGUAGAUGAUACAAAGAUUUGUUCCUGUCCGACUGAGCAGAAAAACAUAGUGAUGCAAGUGAGGAAGCUUUCAAGCAAUAAUUGUAUUGUAUCACGAGGCGUAUUGCUUGGUAUGUUUCAGGAUUUUUUUUGGGUCUUCGGACAGCGAGGUGGCCUUUUAGCUGGGUAUUUCAGUAUUCGUCUAUUUUAAGUUUUAUGUUCACCAGAUUGGUCAAUGUGAGCUCGCCAGGUUGCAGUUUUGUGUGGAUAACUCGGGUCUUACCACGGCAAGAAUGGGGCUAAGUGGGGUACAAAAUUUUUGGAGUUCGCUGCAAGCCUACAUUGGGUGAGCGUGUGCGCAGUUUGUGGUCUUUCAAUGAUCUAUUGUGAUAUAUUUGACAACUCGAGCCAAAGGGUAAAAGACAGAAAAUAGCAAGUUAUUUUCUUUACAGGCGUUUGUAUUGUGGUUCUUGGCUUCUUAUCAAACGGGCCAUCUCUCGUACGGGUAUUCUAAAAUUGCUUCAAUUCAUUUCAAGCUACAAUACAAUUGUCUCUCUUAAACUGCUUGUGAUCUGAAAGUCCAAACCUUGCUAAAAGGGUUUUAAUCA